AUGACUCGCCCCGUUCCCUCCCAGCUGUACACCUCCAAGCGUGAUCCCUCAUGCAUGCAUCAAAGAGAUAUUGGUUGGGAUCUCCGUUGGCUUCGUGCAUGUCAAGUUAUACAGCACUAUGGUACAGAUCUGGAGGAUUUGGGGCUCCUGGUGGAGUAUCAGACUGAUGAACGUCUCCACGUCAAGAUCUACGACGCAAACGAGCAGGUGUACCAAGUUCCCGAGGUCGUCCUCCCUCGUGUCGACAGCGGCCAUGGCCACCGUAAACACUCAGCCCUAAAAUUUGAUUAUGUAAAAGAGCCUUUUUCUUUUACAGUGUCAAGGGGAGACAAAGUGCUUUUCGACACAUCGGCCUCGGGCCUUGUCUUUCAGUCUCAGUAUCUGAGACUACGCACUUGGUUACCGGACAAGUCGAAUUUGUACGGCCUCGGAGAGCACACGGAUUCCCUACGGCUGGAGACAGCCAACUACACUCGAAUCUCUAUGGUAGCCAUCCUGUGUACUACGGCUGCAGGGCCACUCAGUAUGAACACGAUUCAAACUGACAUUCUCCACGCGGGCGAAGGCCACGCUGAGUACGAUACUCACAAUCUUUACGGGACCAUGAUGACCUCGGCAUCGCGUAACGCAAUGCAGCAACGCCGUCCUAAUGUUAGACCCCUAGCCAUCACUCGCAGCACCUAUGCUGGGGCGCAUAUUGGACACUGGCUUGGUGACAAUGUGAGUACGUGGGAGCAGUACCGUAUCUCCAUCGCCCAGGUUGUGGCCUUUGCCUCUAUGUUCCAGAUCCCCAUGGUCGGGGGCUGA